AUGCCCCUGUCUCAGAGCAGGGCCGGGCAGGUGCCAUGCAGCAGCAAGGUGUGCAGGAACCUCUUUGGCCCCGUGGACCACGACCAGCUCCAGAAUGACUUUCAGGACCUGUUGAGGCAACACAUAGAAGAAGCUCAGCAGCGCUGGAACUUCAACUUUGAGACGGAGACUCCCUUGGAAGGACACUUCAAGUGGGAGAGGGUCUUCCUGGAUGAGCAGCCACCCCAGGAGGUCCACAGCCUGAUCAAGGUCACUGGCAGUGAGAGCAGGAGCUCCUUGGUCCACAAGGUCCCCUCCAAGGACCAUCCUGGCAGGAUUUGCCCUGAGGGGUCUCAGCAGAGCUCGGAGGUUUGCAGGGCUGGUUCCCCACACAGCUUGAAACGUGGGCAGACCACCAUCAAAGACUUCUAUAGCUCCAAGCGGAGGGUCAUCCCCGACAAGCCCAAGCCUGACAAGCCCAAGCCAUGA